AGCAAUCACUGGAAGAAAGCGUGUGAUGGAUUCCCAUAAGAGUCCUGGUCAUAGCGAUGCAAGUCAGGUGUUGCAGCAAACGGGACUCAGCCAGGCACUAAUUUAGCCAAUUACGUAUGGCAAUAUAAAGAUGGCUUCCAUGCGUUGAAAACUUUGUGAAGCACGGCCUGAGGAGCACGAUGGCAUUCUUUGCAACCCAGCCGCUGGACGACUACUUGCUUCCACCUAUUGACGAUGAAACUGAAGAGCCGGAAGGGGAGAAUGUAAUUCUACCGCCGCAGCAGGUCGGCGUCCUUGUGGUAGAAUCAGAACAACAACAAGGCAUCUUGGAUUACCCGUUGUUUCACGGCUGCAACGUGGUUGGCCGCAAGCCACCCGAUGGACCAGGCGCUCUUGAAGCCGAAGCCGAGAGAUUGCGGCAGUGGAGGAGCGAGAACCUCCAGCUGCAUGUUGAGGGCAUCUUCCUGCCCGAUCCCAGCAUCUCUGGUGCCCACGCGCACAUAU